GUAAACAAAAUCCGUGGUGCGUGUGCAUGCGUACAAGUGGCAAUGGACGGCAGUUAUCUGCACAUAGGGGACAAGCCGUCUUCUUUCUCUUCAGUUCAUACCUACUAUUUCUAUUGAUUACGAGGCAUUUACAACGUAAAAGAACAGCGUCUGAAUCAACCAAAAGGAGGUGUUUCCCAAAUUAUGAUCUACAGGAGGUGCUUUUGCAUUUUGGGAUGGCUUCGGACGCAGUUUUCCAAAGCCAUGGUUCCAGGAGGAUCAUGACUUUUUACCCCACUGCUGAAGAGUUCAAGAACUUCAGCCGCUACAUUGCAUAUAUGGAGUCCCAGGGGGCACAUAAGGCAGGCCUGGCUAAAAUUAUCCCACCAAAGGAAUGGAAGCCUAGAGGCUCUUACGACGACAUAGAUGAUUUGGUGAUACCUGCGCCCAUUCAGCAGGUGGUGACAGGCCAGUCUGGUCUUUUUACCCAGUACAACAUUCAGAAGAAGGCCAUGACUGUCAGAGAGUUCCGCAAGCUUGCCAACAGUGACAAGUUCUGUAGUCCACAUUAUGAUGACUUUGAGGAGCUAGAAAGGAAGUACUGGAAGAAUGUAACAUUUAACCCUCCCAUAUAUGGGGCAGAUGUUAAUGGAACCCUUUAUGACCCUGAAGUCAAAGAGUGGAACAUUUGCCAUCUAGACACCAUUUUGGAUACCGUUGAACAUGAAAGUGGCAUCACUAUUGAGGGUGUUAAUACACCCUACUUGUAUUUUGGCAUGUGGAAGACCACAUUUGCAUGGCACACAGAGGACAUGGACCUCUACAGUAUCAACUAUUUGCACUUUGGAGAGCCCAAAUCAUGGUACUGUGUUCCUCCAGAGCACGGGAAAAGAUUAGAGCGUUUGGCUCAAGGAUUCUUUCCUGGUAGCUCACAGAAUUGUGAGGCUUUUUUGAGGCACAAGAUGACUCUCAUCUCUCCCUCUAUACUGAAGAAGUAUGGAAUUCCAUUUGAUAAGAUUACUCAGGAGGCUGGUGAGUUCAUGGUAACUUUCCCCUAUGCCUACCAUGCUGGUUUCAACCACGGUUUCAACUGUGCAGAAUCCACCAAUUUUGCUACAGAGAGAUGGAUUGAGUAUGGCAAGCAAGCAGUUUUGUGCUCUUGUCGUAAAGACAUGGUGAAGAUUUCUAUGGAUGUAUUUGUAAAGAAAUUCCAGCCAGAUCGCUAUGAACAGUGGCUUGUGGGGCGAGAUGUAGCACCCAUUGAUCACUCGCGGCCAACCCCAGAGGCCAGGGAGUUUCUGGGGGAGUCCUUUAAUGACAUCAGCAGCAGCAGUAACAGUAACUCCACAGAGAACUGUGUGGAGGAUGGAGAGCGGAAGAGCACUACUCAGAGGAUAGAGACCAAGAGACAUAGAGUGUGUCUGGAGGUGCCUGAGGAGGUUGUUCCCAAAGAAGAGGAGGAGGAAGAUAUGGAGCAGUAUGGAAAGCGUCCCAGGCUAAGCCUUAUACCUCCACGUACUAUGUCACAAGAUGGCAAGAGAAAUAAAGGUCCGCCGAAGUUGGUUGUCACACCAACCAAGCUCACUUUGUUGGAUCCAUUUCACAGGGGCCUGACCCAAAGUAACAGUGAAAUGGGACGCCUCCCUCAUUAUACAAAGACUCGUGCCCCUGCGAUCUCAUCCCAGUCUCAGCCCAGAAAUGGACACCUGUCAGUUUCAGCAGCACCUACAUGGACAGAUGCUGCCGCUCAGCCUGCCCGCAAAAUGGGUGUAGCCAGCCUGCUCUUCCACAGGACUUUAAGCCCAAAAGACAUUCUUCAAGUUCACAGCUACACUCUAGAUAAGCAGCAGCAGCCUCACACACAACUGCAGGUACACAGCUAUGCCAGAGAACACCAACCCCGUCAUCUUCAGCACAAGACCUGUACACCAUCACACACCCAGGUUCAGACCUCAUUUCAGGCACCACGCUGUGAAAGAGCAGAGCCACAGCCAGAAACGAAGAUUGUUCUCACUGAAGUAGCGCCGAUUGAAUCCAAAGUAGAGAGUCUUCUGGAGCAGGAACAAAAGGAAGACAAACCUAAAACAUCCUUACCUGUUGAGGCUCAGGUUGACGUGGAGACGCCUGAAUGUGAGCUCACCAGCAAAUCUGCUUCCUCUCACACAACUCAACCCGCAGAGUUAAGCAAAACGGAAAUGGAGGCCCCCAAGAACAACAAGCGAAAGAGUAACCACUGCCCACUUGAGGAUAGUGGCAUUGUCAUCCUGAAAGACACCGUUCCUGUCAGGAAACUAAUACCUGAUGAGAUGAAGGUGAUCGCUCAGAAGCAACACCAGGUGUCAGAAGAGCAGUCAUACUGCAAGUCCAUUGUGAAGAAGCAACAGCAGCAGGCUGAGCUCAGUAAGCUGCCCCGUCAUCACCCACUAAUCAGAGAGGUGAACAGUGAUGAUGAUGUGUAUGUAGACAUGGAGGUUGAGCAAGAUGAGAAAGAGGAAUGGGCCAAGCCACUUACUCGGUUAUGGCAGUGUCGGCCAUAUAACCCUCAGGCAGAGAGAGAGUACAACAUGACCAUGGGCCAGCAGGCUCCCUACUGCUCCAUCUGCCUGCUCUUCCACGCUUACCAUCAGUCGGAGUCCGGUAAUGGGAGCCCCUUCGUGACGUUGGUGAACUAUCCAGGGGGCCGCCAGUGGUCCAAACCACUUAUUCCUGAAAUGUGUUUCAACACCCAAACUAGCAAGAUGAGUGACAGCGGCGAAGGACAGCUGUCUAACCCCCAUGUAGCAGAGGACGGGACAAGUCGGCUGGUCAGCUGUGCUCAGUGCUGCGUCCGCGUACAUACGAGUUGCUAUGGUGUGUCUGGAGAUGAAGCAGAGCUAGACAACUGGCUCUGCGCCCGCUGUGAGGCUGAUGCCGUUACAGAGGACUGCUGUCUGUGUUCAUUAAGAGGCGGAGCUCUGCAGAGAGCCAACAAUGAUAAAUGGGUUCAUGUACUGUGUGCCAUCACCGUGCUGGAAGCUCGUUUUGUCAACAUCACUGAGCGCGGGCCUAUUGACCUCUCUGCAAUCCCACUGCCACGGUUCAAACUGAAAUGUGUGUACUGCAGGAAACGGAUGAAGAGGGAGGUGAAGGGCUGCUGUGUCCAGUGCUCCCAUGGGCGCUGCUCCACAGCGUUUCACCCUACCUGCGCUCAGGCAGCUGGUAUCCUCAUGCACCCAGAUGACUGGCCAUUUAUAGUCUUCAUCACUUGCCACAGGCACAAAGCACCCAUCAUACCUGAGCGCAAUAAGACUUCCAUGCGGGAGCUGGCAGUGGGACAGAGGGUGAUCUGUAAAUACAAAAACGGCCGUUACUAUCACAGUGAGGUGCUGGAACUGAGCCCAACUACCUUCUACGAGGUUGUGUUUGACGACGGGUCCUACAGUGACAAUCUCUUCCCAGAGGACAUUGAGAACCGUGACUGCGUCCGGCUUGGACCUCCCACCAAAGGCGAAGCUGUUCAAGUGCGAUGGACGGAUGGGUUGAUAUAUGGAGCCAAGUUUGUAACGUCACACACCAUCCCUAUGUACCUGGUCGAGUUUGAGGAUGGAUCUCAAAUUUCUGUCAAGCGAGAAGACAUCUAUACUCUAGAUGAGGAUCUACCCAAACGAGUCAAGUCACGAAUGUCGGUGGCAUCAGACAUGCGAUUCGAGCUCUUCACACAGAAUGACGUCAAACAGAACUCCAAAAGGCAACGUGUCAUCAACUCUCGAUACAGAGAGGACUACAUCGAACCUGUCAUUUACAGAACCAUCAUGGAGUGACACAUUCUCCCCCUGCCUUCCCCCUCUUCAGCUCACCAUGGAGAGAUGCACCUCCAAGUCUUUGUUUCGCAUUCUGGUUUCUCUGUUUCUGGCUACUGCCAAUAGGAAUGACCAAGCGCCUCAUGCUCUUUUUUUUCUUUUCUUUUCUUCUUCCAUGGCCUGUGGGGCUACACAUUUAUAAACUACGGCUGGGACUUUGAAUGACUUGUGUGCAUUGAAUAAUGUUAUUAGACCUGUUUCUCAUCACACUCUGUGGAUUUUCUUCCUCAGUUUCAUUCUUUUUCUUUUUUCUCAGGAAGAAGCCAUUAAUGAAUUAUUAAAUACAGAAAAGGUUGGACUGUCUAACUGGGAAAUAAUGCUUGUUUUGUUUUUUUUUUGUUUUGUUUGUUUGUUUUUUUAUUUACCACAACAUUUAGCAGCAGUGAAUUAAAUUUAGCUCUACACGCAAUGGACAGCUUUUCUACUGAAAUGAUAUUUCUUCUAUAAAUGACCUUUUGUUCUUGACUUACAGAAUCAUGUUAUUUUCAUAAUAACUCAUCAUAAUAAUAUUUUGCAGUUAAAAAAAUAUAUGCAUGGGAAUGAGGUUUUUAAAGGAAGUAAUAGCAUCAGUUUUUUUUUGAUCAAGAAGAGUUAAACAAAGACAGAACUGUAAACCUUGAGCCAGUCAGAUAUUGACUACAGUGACAAUUUGAUUCCCCUCAAUUUGAUUAAUCCACAACUGUCUUUAAGUUGUAACCCCAAAGAAAUUACAUGAAGUCUCCAGGCUUUUUUGACACAUCUUCAGAUUCCAUGCUUUGCAUCUCAUGGUUCAUAAAUAUUUCUUCUCAUAGAUGUGUCAGCGUGCGUCUACUGUGAACAUAGAAGAAACCUAAUCCUGUUUAAAAGGCCCAAGCCUUAACAAUUCAAAGGGCCAAGAAUACUUUGUUUUUUCUUAAGCUGAAAGAUUAUUAGAACUAUUGUAAUUAAUGUUAUUAUUACACUUAAUUUAUGUGAGUGCAUUGAGUUUGAGAACAAAGCUAUUUUGUCAGGUCCUUUUCACAGUCUGUCGAAAACCUCAAAUGUAUUUAUAUUUAUUAUAUUGACAGGUUCUCAUACAUCCUGUUUUACAUUUUGAGGCUCACUUUCCUCUUUUGGGAUUGGAGAGCGUAAGUUGGCAAGUCCUUCAAAAAGCAAAAAGCACUUAAUGUUACCUCCUGCCACGGGACAUUUACUAUUUUGUAGACAAAAGGUCUUCAUUAAGAUGAGAUUUUGUUUUUCUUUUUUUUGUGCGUGUGUCCGAUUAAAAACUAGCUAUAGUGAUGAACAUUGUAACCAGGUUAUAGUUUUAUCCAAAAUAAACAAAAAAAGGUGGUAAGAGGAUCAUUUUCACACUUGAGCCCUUUGUAUCUGCUUUAAAAUGGUCUUUUGUGUAGAUAGUUAUGAAAAAUUCUGGUUUCUCAGCAGGAUGUGGUGUGCAGACACCUUUUAGCUUUAUCCAUUUGAUGACUGUUGUUCUCUGAUUGGUUUCAUUUGGGUUUAUGUCCAAAGUAGCAUUAACUCCCUUCACUCUUUGUACACAUCAACUGUUUGAGUAAAGUUUGCAGCCAGAAAAAGAAA